CGGUAUUUUGUCAUUGAGAAGACUGAUCGCAAAAUAUUUUCCCUCACUUUCUCGAGAAAAAAAAAAACCUUGAGCGUCUUUCUUCCUCGCCCUUCACUUACCUUUCAGAUGCCCAAGCAAAAAGCUCCAAGGAAGCAACUAAAGUCUUAUAAGCUCAAACACAUCAACAAGACGAUUCAAGAUGGAGAUGCUGUGUUGAUGCGGUCGUCGGAGCCUGGGAAGCCGUCGUACGUAGCGAGGGUAGAGGCGAUCGAGACGGACGCGCGUGGAUCGCACGCGAAAGUUCGUGUGAGGUGGUAUUAUCGCCCUGAGGAAUCUAUCGGAGGGAGGAGACAGUUUCAUGGAGCCAAGGAGGUUUUCCUCUCUGACCACUUCGACUUUCAAAGCGCCGAUACCAUCGAAGGAAAGUGUAAGGUCCACAGUUUCAGUAGCUACACCAAACUCGACUCCGUUGGAAACGACGACUUCUUCUGUCGUUUCGAGUAUAAUUCCGCCACCGGCGCGUUUGAUCCUGACAGAGUCGCCGUGUUCUGCAAGUGUGAGAUGCCGUAUAACCCUGAUGACUUGAUGGUGCAAUGCGAGGAGUGUUCUGAGUGGUUUCAUCCUUCUUGUAUAGGAACAACAAUAGAGGAAGCUAAAAAGCUAGAUAAUUUCUACUGCGAAGAGUGUUCCCCACAAGAGCAGAAUUUGCAUAACUCUAACUCAACUUCCAAAAACAGAGAUGCUAAGGUGAAUGGAAAGCGCAGCCUGGAGGUAACCAAGUCGAAGAACAAACACACUAAACGACCAGGUUAACAUAAAAAUCUGUAAAGGCUAUAUACAUAAAUCUGGUUGGGUGAGUUGAGUAUCAAUCGUGUAAUCUACAAAGGUGGUUUGUUUUCUUUCUCUCACUAGUUUUUUCGUUUUUGAAGAAUGAGGGUUUAGGUUGUUGGCUUGAUUAUUGUAUAAUUUAUAUGUACAGCCUAUGGUUUCUCGUCUCCUUUAGUUGUCACAUGAAAUUUGGGUUAAAUGGUUUUGUUUAUAACAACAAUACAAACAAAGAGAGGGUUAAGUUGCGUUUUAUUUGUUUCUUCAUUGUGAACUCUAUAGAAACUUUUAACCAUAACCCUUGCUUCGUUC